AAUCGAUAUAAAUACGACUAAAUUAGACCAGAAUUCAUAUAAUCAUGAACAGUUUGUGUCUAACUUUGGUUUUAGCCUCCGUGGCUCUCUCCGCUGCUUCUCCGGCUUUAAAUUCAAGCCUGGAAGAUUGCACCAUCACCAGAUUCGAUCAAGCCGCUUCGGUCUGCUCCCAAUGUAAGAACAUUCAAGUAGGCAGUUUCGCCGUGCCCGCGGGACAAACCCUCAAGCUAGCCCUUCAGUCCGGCUCGACCUUAACCUUCGCAGGCGAAUUGUCUUUCGCCUUUGCCCAAUGGGACGGUCCUCUGGUCUGGAUCACUGGUAACAGCAUUACAGUACAAGGAACAGGCAAUCACUUGAUUAACGGUCGCGGCGAGUUGUGGUGGGACGGCAAGGGCGACCACAGCAACAGGAAGAAGCCCCAAACGAUGCUGAUCCAAUCCACCGGCGGGUCGGUUUUCAAGAACAUCAACGUCAGGAAUUGCCCUCACACUUGCAUCGGCAUUUCGGACUCGCACGAUGUCACCCUCGACCACUGGAACAUCAAUUGCGCGGAUGGUGAUACCAAAGGGGGAGCCAACACAGAUGGUUUCGACAUAGCCAAAUCGUACAAAAUCACUCUCAAGAACUCGGUCGUUCACAACCAGGACGACUGCGUUUGCAUCAACCAAGGCCAGGACCUCACUAUCGAUAACAUGCAAUGUACGGGCAGUCAUGGAUUGAGUAUUGCCGUUGGUAUCUGGAACACGUACGCUCUGAACACCGUGAACAACGUCACUUUCUCAAAUUCGGUUGUGCAAGCAUCCAGACUCGGUAUUCAUGUAAAAACAAUCGCCGGAUCUCAGACUGGAGAAAUCUCCGAUGUAACAUACAAAAACAUCAAGCUCUCUGGUAUAGCUUAUUACGGUAUUAACGUUCAACAAGAUUACACUAACGAUGGGGACACAGGCCAUCCCAUGGGCAACAUCAAAAUUAAGCGACUCAGAAUAGAAAACGUUUAUGGAACAUUGCACGGACCCCAUUCUCAAGACGUGUACGUCCUCUGCGGAAGUGGAGGAUGCAGCGACUGGAGUUGGAGCGGUAUCAAUCUACAAGGUGCUUCCAACAAGAACUACUGCAACUUUAAUCCCGGCGGAUUCAAUUGUAAAUAAAGUUAAACUUGUCAUUAUAAGUUUUCGUUCCUAAUAAAUACUGUUUGAUAUUCAA